AGCAGGGGACCCAGGCGUCCGGGAGGGGACCCAGGCGUCCGGGAGGGGACCCAGGAGUCCGGGAGGGACCCAGGCGUCCGGGGAGCCAGUUCUCAGUGGUGGGGGAGGGGCGGCCGCCAUGGCCCCGGGAGCAGCGCCCCCUGAGGACCCGGAUGGGCGUUUCCAUUACGAUUAUGAUUCGCUGCGUCUCGGGGGUUUGAUCUUCGCCGGCGUCGUGUUCGUGUUGGGGAUCCUCAUCAUCCUCAGUCGGCGCUGCCGCUGCAAAUUUGACCAACAGCCCAAGACGGGGGAGCCGGAUGAGACCGAGGGGCCCCUGAGGCAAUCGCUGCGACGUUUGUCCACGCGGAUGCGAUGAGGGUGCCCCCCCAUGCCGGGACUGAUGGACACGCCCACCGUCCCUCCCCCGCACCCAAUAAAGCAGCCCCUCCCCCCAUGGGGCGUGGCCGGGGGCGGGGUCAGAGGCA